CCCGACACUCGAGAUCGAGUCGAGAAACUAUACUUUGGUUCCUGUUGUCAAUGGGAAAACUGAAUUGUGUACGUCUGAACUGGAAGAACGAGUACAACGUCAGCUUUACGCGUUGUAUCAACGAGAUGAACUACUUACGGCAGCCGGAAGACUUGUGCGUGGUUUUGACGCACAGAUCCGGAUCGCCCGGCACGCUCGAUUCCAGUUGGAUCUGUUGCUCAAACGAGCUGAGUUGCACCAGAUCACCUUAUUCACAGAGUUUCGUCUGUUGAAAGACUUUGAAAAGUCUGAAAUGGUAUUAUCGGAGAAAAAACAAGUCAAAGAUGAGGAGAGACAGGAGCUUUAUUCGAAAUUGAAUGAAUUGAACUCAAAAAUUGAAGCACGCAAAAAGGAAUUGGAAAAACUGGCUCAAAAAGAGCAUCAGCUGCAUGAGGAAUUCAAAGCCAGUCUGGGCGAAGGUCACAAAUUUGCUGACUUUCUGUGGAAAGUAUUCAAAAAACGCAUCAAGCGGAAGAAACAAGAAACUGCAGAUGCUGGAUCCGAAGAAUCCGAUGGAUCAUCCUCGUCGGAUGAUUCCAGCUUUGACGAGUCCGAGGAUGAAUCUGAGGAAGACGAAAAUGUGCUGGAUUUAGACUCCUGUCCGGUCGGCUGUCCGAUCGAGGAUUUCGAAAACACAUGUGCCAUACGUGAACGCCGCCUGGAUGUUGAAGAUGACAUGAUGGAGGAGAAAAAGCAGUUGGAGUUGCUACGUAAAGAUUUGGAAUCGUGCACAAAGAAACAGCGUAUUGUCGAUUCUGGAUUGAAGCAGGCUCAAUCGGAAUUAGAAGCGUUCCAGCUGGAAAAGCAACGAAAAUUGAACGAGCUGGAUGCGAUCGUAAUUCUUCGUAUGAAUCAGAUCCAGUACCAUGUGAAUGGGACUGUACCAGCAGAUUUGUCUGUCGGUUUGAUAUUUGCUCGUCAUAAUCUGUACAUUCUCUACCGACGUAUUGUGGCGCUGACAGAGGAGAAGAAACGCCAGAGACGAGAACAAAAGGAUGCUAAAGAUAAACACGUGAUGCUUCAAAAGCAUAAAAAGUUAUUCCAGAAAGAGUUGGAAAAACUCAGUGCUAUAUGCGAUCGGGAAAUGAUCGAUAAAUUCGGAAAGAUUGAUGAUAUUGAACGAAUGGAAGGGGUGGUUAUCAAUCCCAAGUUGGAGGAAUUGACCACAAAAAUGUUAAUUCUUCAAGAGGAAUUUGAAAGAGAGGAAACUGAGUUAGAGGUGAGUUAUAACUAG